GCCUGUUUAGGCACCACUUUUCCUAGGCGGCGCCAUUGCCCAGCGCAAGCAGGUAUCAACCUUUCUUCCAGCCUCGCUGCCAUCACCAUCCAUUUUUUUUAGAGAGAGAGAGAGUUGCUAUCCCACCAACAGGCAUAUCCAUAAUGGCAGCUAUCGAGCAAUUCGACAACAUCUAUCUAGACUUAUCGAAGGAGUCGGGGAAGUGCAGAUUCGCCGAGAAUGGCUUGGGUUGGAAACCUUCCUCUGGUGGCAAUACCUUCACACUCGACCGUGGCGACAUCGUGUCCGCUCAGUGGAGUCGCGCCGCGAAAGGCUUCGAAGUCAAGAUUCUAAAGCGAUCAUCCGAACUUGUCCUGCUCGAUGGUUUUCAGCAAGAAGACUUCGAACGGCUCAGCAAGCUUUUCAAGCUCUGGUACAGCAUCAAUCUCGAAUCGAAGGAACAUGCACUGAGAGGGUGGAAUUGGGGAAAGACCGAAUUCAGUAAAGCCGAGCUUGUCUUCAACGUCCAGAACAAACCCUCGUUCGAGAUUCCGUACACCGAAAUAUCUAAUACAAAUUUGGCCGGUCGCAACGAAGUCUCCGUCGAGUUCACGCCCUCAAAUGAAGACGACACGGGAACGAAUGGCCACCUUGGUGGCGCGAGAGGGCGGGGGAAGAAGUCGGGCGCAGGAAAGGAUCAAUUAGUUGAGAUGCGAUUCUACAUUCCAGGCACCACCACCCGCAAGGAGACCGAAGGUGAAGAAGCAGGCAGUGAUGCUGAGCAAGAAGAGAAGAACGCUGCUACAUUAUUUUAUGAAACACUGAUGGACAAGGCUGAGAUUGGAGAGACGGCUGGCGAUGCCAUUGCUACUUUCCUCGAGGUCCUGCACUUGACACCACGUGGACGAUUCGAUAUCGAUAUGUACGACUCUUCAUUCCGCCUUCGUGGUAAGACGUACGACUAUAAGAUUCAAUACGAUGCUAUUAAGAAGUUUAUGGUACUUCCUAAGCCUGAUGAAUUACAUUUCAUGCUUUGUAUCGGUCUAGACCCUCCUCUUCGCCAAGGACAAACAAGAUAUCCAUUUGUUGUCAUGCAAGCAAAGAAGGAUGAGGAGGUCACCAUCGACCUAAACCUCACUGAUGAGGAGCUCAGUCAAAAGUAUAAUGGAAAACUAGAUGCUCAUUACGAGCAGCCUCUCCACCAGGUUAUUACCUAUAUCUUCAAGGGCCUUGCCAAUAAGAAAAUUACCUCGCCAGCCAAGGACUUCAUGACACACCGACAACAAUAUGGCAUCAAAUGUUCGAUCAAGGCGGCCGAAGGCUUCUUAUAUUGUUUAGAGAAGGCGUUCAUGUUUGUACCCAAGCCGGCUACCUACAUCUCGUAUGAUCAAACAGCAUCCAUUACCUUCUCUCGCGUUAGUGGCGCGGUAUCGGCUCUCUCAACCUUCGACAUCCAAGUUCACAUGAAGAGCGGGCCAUCACAUCAAUUUAGCAACAUCAAUAGAGAGGACCUGAAGGCGCUAGAAGGCUUCUUCAAACUUAAGGGCCUGCGCGUUAAGAAUGAGGUUGAUGAGGAGGCGAACCUGCUGGCCGCUGCGCUCCGCGAAGAAGCCAUGGAUGAUUCUGAAGAGGAGGUUGUUGGCGCUGGGGCCGACCGUGGAUCUGCUGACGAGGAUGAAGAGUCCGUCGACGAGGAUUUCAGGGCCGAGAGCGAGAGCGACGUCGCAGAGGAAUACGACUCUGCACACGAGUCAGAUGGCUCUGGCAGUGACGAGAGCGGCGUCGACGACGAAGACGAAGACAUGGCCGAUGACGACGAUGAAGAGGAAGAAGAGAAACCCAAGGCGAAGAAGCCAAAGACGAAAUAAAAGAAACAAGAAGACUUCUGAUGCUAUGAGGAAGGAAAAUUCGGACUGUCUCCUUUCCUGCUUGGUUGGUGGGGUACUAAAUACGAAGAUAUCCGAUAAUCGUUAAGGAAUCCGUCUUGCUACCUAUGGAAAAAAGAAAUUCGGCGGCGUUGGGAGUGUAGGCUAGGACCCAGCUAGCUCUAGGCAUUUGGGUUUUUUCGCGCUUUGAUUUUUUCCCCCCUGUUCCGGUCGACCCAUGCGUGAGCGUGAGUAAUUCAAUCAAUCACUGUAAUUAACGAGUAGAUUAAUGGGAUGGAUGGCGCGACGUUUUAUCCUGACAGAGAAUGAGGAUGAAACAAGAAGCAAGCAAGCUUUGAGCUCAAGAUACAUUGGUUGGUUCCGUGCUGCUUGCAUAUGAGAUGAACAUAGACAGACUGAUGGAUGGAAGAAAUCUUCUCUAUUUAUUGGGGAGAAAAAAAGAUGUGAUGAUAAAUAAUUCAGUCUUUCCAUCUAGAUUUCCAUCCUGUUCUGAAGAGUGAUUUCUCAUUUCCGAUUACUGAUACUACCUAGUCGUCGAAAACACAUUCUCUACGCUACCCUUCACCUAAGUCCGACAUGCACA